CCAUUCCAUUUUUUUUUCCCAUUGUCAGUCCUAAUGCAGCACAUUCGCAAGGGAGGCAACAAGGUCACCGUCUUCCGGGAAUACCCGCACAAACUGUCCAUCUACCCGCUGCCGCCAAUCCAAGAGGUGUCGCUCGAGGAGUUUGAGACGUUCGCCGCAGACCGCUUGAAAGUGCUCAAGGCGAUCGAACUGGCCCGAAUCAAGUUCCCAAAACGCGGCGUCGAGUACAAUGGCUUGGUCAACGACGCCAUCCGCAAGUAUAUGCCGCUGUCUGAGAACGACCAGGGCGAAGACAUUUGCGUGGCCGAACGUCGCAAAGACCACAUCUCCCAUUACAUUCUGCGUCUCGUGUACUGCCGAUCGGAGGACUUGCGCAGAUGGUUUUUGAUGCACGAGCUCGAGCUCUUCCGAUUCAAGUUUGUCGCCGAAACCCAAGCCCAGAUUGUCACCUUCCUCAAAGCCAACGACCUGUCCUAUGUGCCCAUCCCCAAUGAAGAAAAGGCGCAGCUGUUGCCUCUGCUGCAAGCUUCCGCAGGGCCGACAGUGUCGCCCCAGGACAUUCUCUCGGAGGACUACUUUAAGCUGCCAUUCCUGGCCGCCCUUGAGCUUGUCCGCUCGCGUCGCGUGUAUCUGCAGGGCGGUGCAGUGUAUGUGCCUCGCCGCGAGCUUGUUAGCAUUCUCUCUGGUGUCUACCGCUCGCGUCUUUCUUCAGCAUUGGCGCAGACCUCCCGAGCGCUGCCCAACUUGGAGGAGGACGAGCGUCUCGUGCCGCUGCUGAACGCGCUCGCCAAGCAGUACCUUGGCUCGGACUAUCUGAGCCAGCGAGGACAAGUGACCGGUAACAUUACCUCCGAGCAGGUGGACGGGCUUUCCACCACGUCGUUUUCGCCUUGCAUGCGGAAUCUCCAUCAAGCGUUGCGCGGCAACCACCAUUUGCGUCACGGCGGUCGUAUGCAGUAUGGUCUGUUUCUUAAGUCGAUCGGCCUGCAUCUGGACGAGGCCAUGCGCUUUUGGCGUACAGAAUUCACCCGCAUCAUGGGCGCGGACAAGUUUGACAAGAGCUAUGCGUACAACAUUCGUCACAAUUAUGGUAAAGAGGGCAAGCGCACCGACUACAGCUCGUACAGCUGCGCAAAAAUCAUCACGUCGAACAACCCAGGUGUGGGAGACCAUCACGGCUGCCCGUUCCGCCACUUUGAUGCCGAACACUUGCGUCAGAAAAUGUACGAGUACGGCGUUGCGUCGGGUGGCAUUAAGGAAAUCAUCGGCUUGGUCCAGGGCAACCAAUUCCAAGUCGCCUGCACGCGCUACUUUGAGCUGACGCACAAGCUGCCGCAGGGUGCAUCGCCCAUGAUCGUCUCGCACCCGCGUCAGUUCUACGAUGAAAGUCGCAAGCUCCUCGGCGGAAACGACGAGCAGCAGCAGCAACACCGAUCACAGCUCUUAACCAUGCGCGAGAAGCGCGAACAGUUCUUGGCCGCUCGCGGCUUGCCCACCAGCGGGUCUCCUGGCGCGCACAUGUCCAUCAGCUACGACGACAACUUUGAUGAGAUUGGCGACAUUUCAAUGGAUGCUGCGACCACAGAGGUUCUCGCUGCGGCCGAGGCUGCUGCAGACUUUGACGAUGCCGAUGAUAUGGACUUUGAUUGAAGCGUGUUGUUUUUUGCGUGCGAAAUGUCCAAUAGUUUUGAGUUUCAUUGCCUGAU